AUGCCCGUUCUGAGAGCACACCGGCCUUCUUUUCGCCUCCAGCCUCUAAUCCUCCGGCCGGCCAAGCAAAUAUAUUUCCCAUUCUCCCCCCACCACACCCAUCCCGACAACAAUCCUCCCACACGCCUCCCCCGCACUCUGCACACAACCACAUACAGACGCUCUCUUAAGCAUGCAAACACAUGCAUAUAUUUCCAUGUGCUCACAUCUAUCCGAGUGCAUGUGCUCAUUUCUGCAGAUAAAUAUUAUGCUAGCAAAUAUGUUUAUGAACCAGCCAGUCCUGCCGACUCAGUUCCUUUGCGCCUCUCUUCAGCGACCUGUUGCCAUGAGCUGACGGAGCCCAAACCCUACAAAAGGUCGGCUGCAAAGUGCCCUCCUCGACGCGUUCAGAGCAUAGUUGGGUUGGGGACGAUCCAUUUGGCCCAUUGCUCGCCCUCUCCGUUUGCCAAUGUCCACAGCUGCCGCUCCCUUAUUCGGUCGCCAUGGCUGCCCUAUUUUAGAUUGCCAAGUUGUACGACGCUCGCCGAGACGACCGGUUGUUGUGUGCAACAGACUUUCUGCAUAUUCACUUUCAACCGUCGACAUUGUCAAGGCUUCAUGGGAAAAAGUGUAUUUCGCAAAAAGUAUUCACAUCCCGGUGGGAGUGACCUCGCCUCGACUGGUCUCGCUCGCACCCUCGGCGGGACUCGGGCUCAGGCAGAACCCACCGAAUCGUCCAGCCUAGACUUGAUAAGCCUCGGAGAAAAAGGAGAGGUGGAGCUUUUUGUGGUCAUUUUGACCGAGUGGCAAGAAAGAUUGAAUUUCGAAAAGCGUUCUAUUCCAGUCACCUGCGCCCAGCACUGGGAUACCGGUUCAAGGGCCCUUUUCCACGUGAAAAGAGAGGGACACAAACUCUAUCAUCCGUUGGCAAGAUUUUCCUUUCCGCAAUCGUUCGACGCCCUAACGGCCAUGGCGAUAGGACAAGGUUCCUUUGGGUUCAACGCUCGGCGGUAUGAGUCCGACCAGCACAAGCGUUGGCAGCAUCCGAAACGAACGUGA